AUGCAUGCGUCCCAUCCAAUUGCACCUGCUCUGGAUCUUCCCCAACCGCAACAGCUUCCAUCUCCACCUCAGUCGCCUCCUCCUGAUUUCCUGCCACCCCCUCCUGAUUUCUCGUCACCCCCUCCUGAUUUCUCGCCUCCCCAAUCACCACCUGGUCCAAUGGCUGACGAGGAGGAUCCAGACUCAGAAUUCACUGAUGUGAGGGAACACCCUGAACAUGAUGCUCCUCCAUGGAUGGACAGAGAAUACGAGGUCUGGUACAGAGACCACUGCAUGAUGGCACAUAACAUGUUAGCGAACCCUACCUACAAGGGUGAGAUUGACUAUGCGCCAUUUUGGGAGUAUGAUGCAUUGGACAAUACACGCCGAUGGAGAGACUUUAUGUCUGCGGACUGGGCAUGGCAACAAGCUGACAAGAUAUCGAAGGAUCCAAACACACAUGGAUUGAUGUUUGUUCCAAUAAUUCUUGGUAGCGACAAGACCACCGUUUCUGUGGGCACAGGUAAUAAUGAAUAUUACCCCCUGUAUGCCUCAAUCGGCAAUGUGCACAACAAUGUGCAAUGCUCUCGUCAUCAUCGCUAUGUCGCAGCUGAUAGGCAACAUGCUCAUGACAAUUCAUUUUGUGUAUUUCACCGGCAGCUUUUUCACCAUUCACUAUCUGCAAUUCUAUCUACCCUGAAGCCUGUGAUGACUGAGUACAAAGUCCUGCAUUGUGCAGAUGGUCACUUUCGACGUGUUAUAUUUGGCCUGGGACCCUACAUAGCCGACUAUGAGGAGCAACUGGUGCUGUCCUGUACCGUUAAAAAUUGGUGCCCAAAGUCAUCAAUGUUUACUGACAAUGUUUGUAGAUGCCUUGCAAGUCGGGGAGAUCUCGAUGGUGGUGGUCUCUUAUGCUGUCGAGAGCAUACAGAUGUCCUCAUACAUGAAAGUAUCCACCCGGAUACAUUGUGGCAUGAAUAUGUUAUCAUAAGCGUUCUCAUCAUGACCGACAUCCAUCAAUUAAUAUCAUUCGAUCUCCUCCACCAGCUAGUCAAAGGCGCCUUCAAGGAUCAUUUGGUGGAUUGGGUAAUCAUGAGCGACAUAGAUCGAAGAAUUGCUGUUGUGGUGCCAUUCGCUGGUCUACGGCGAUUUCCUGACGGCUGCGGCUUUAAACAAUGGACAGGUAAUGAUUCCAAAGCCCUUAUGAAGGUCUUCAUUCUGGCUAUUGAAGGCCACGUACCUCAAGACAUGGUGCGUGCAUUUCGUGCGCUUUUAGAAUUUUGUUAUAUCGCACAACACAACGUAAUUACUGAAGCCUCUCUGGAUCAACUCAAAGAUGCACUUGCUCAGUUUCACCACUACUGCCAGAUCUUCGAAACCAUGGGCACAGUCCCUCACUUCUUGUUACCCUGCCAGCACUCAAUGACCCACUAUGCGGACAUGAUCCGACUGUUUGGUGUGCUGAACGGAUUGUGCUCGUCGAUCACAGAAUCCAAGCACAUUAAGGCCGUGAAACAAUCUUGGAGGUGGUCUAGCAAGCAUAACACCAUUGGCCAAAUGCUUUUGGCUAACCAACACCUCGACAAACUCGCAGCAUCUCACGUAGACUUCACUGCUCGUGGGAUGCUCGUUGGCUCUACUGUACCAGAACUAGCAGGCGAGGUCAAUGUACCAUACCUGCGACACCUUAUCCGUCAUUUUCUGUUUUCACAACUCUUUCGCAAUGAUCAUCGCAACCCUGAAGAUGUCCCUGCUGCUAGCUACCCUCGAUAUAAUGGUAGACUUCAUGUCUUUAAUUCUGCUGCUGCGACUUUUUAUGCGCCAAGUGAUCCCAAACAGAUCCGCGCAUGUCCAUCCUGGCGGAAUGUCUAUGCCCGUAAUGAUUGCGUGUUUGUCAACACCAAUUCAGACCUUGAAGGGAUGAAAGGGCUCGAAGUUGCCAGAGUUGGUGACUCUGCUGACGAGGAUACUGGCAUGUGGAUAGUCCAUCCAAGUGUUCGUGACGAUGGCACCCCAAACCUCACUGUUAUUCAUAUCGACAGCGUUUACUGUGCAGCGCACUUAAUCCCUGUCUAUGGUGUCAACGGUCCCGAUUUCAUUCCUAAGGACAUUGAGUAUUUUCAUUCUUAUGAUGCUUUCUGCUUAUUCUAUGUCAAUAAAUAUGCCGAUCACCAUGCAUUCGAGACAGUGUCUUGA